AUGUACAAGUCCGACCUCGAAGAUAACUCCGGCUCUGACACAAAUGGCGCGAUCAAGGCACUAGCGGCCAAGCCAUCAAUAUGGCAACGGUUUAAGUCACACAUGAAGAAAAGGUGGUGGAUUUAUGUGAUUGUGUUCUGCUGCACAGUUCUAGUGGUGGUUCUUCCCAUUGUUUAUGUGGGAAUCCCCCACUUUGCCAACGACUACAUCAACAAUUAUCAAUUUGACUACGAGGGCCUUGCUAUCACUAAUCCCCGACCGACUUCCUUCCACGUUAGCCAGUCGAAGAAACUCAGUAUGGGUGGUGGAUUCAGUGGCAGCGGCCAUCUAACUGCGUUUAAUGCAAGCAUUCGAGUCCCAGAUACUGAUGAAGAAUUUUCGGUAUUCCCGGUGCCCCAGAUCAAUUUCAAGAACGGCGCAAAACUUGUCAUUGACCAAGACCUUCACUUGUCUUGUGUUGAAUGUCUCUCGAACUUGGCCAUCGCGGCGGCUACGAACAAGAGCUUCGCGGUGCUGGUGACGGGUGACCCAGACUUGAAGCUUGGAGGCCUCCCAACCGCACAUUUGAAUAUUCAUAAAACAAUGAAGAUGGAUGGCUUCAAUGUCACCGAAUUCAUGAAUUCGCAGGGCGCAUUCAACAUCACAAGCUUGGAGCUUUUGAGUCCUCGGGUCGACGGAUAUAAUUUUAAUGCCACGAUUGCUCUCAAGAAUCCGACACCGUUCAUAGUUGAAAUGGGCCAUGUCACCUUCAAUUUGAGCAUGGGCGGCUCAUCACUGGGAUAUGUGGAUCUUCCCAACUUGAAACUCGAACAGUACAACACUACCGCCGUCGUUCUCGGAAAUGUCGACGAAUCCAUGCUCAUUCAGGAGGUGGUAUGGGGCGACGGGGACAGCGGUGAUGUGACCAUUGAUAUCAAGGGGCACAGCUGCGACUACAACGGGGAAGAGAUCCCAUAUUUUGCGGCUGCUAUCAAAGCUGUUUCCGCCUCAGCUACUGUCGAUUUACUGAAAUACGCCGAACUUCUGAUAUAG